CUGAUCAUAUAUAUAAAGGGGUAAUAUAAAGGACUAGUAAAGGAUGUUAGACCACUGCUGAAAGCUAAAGAAUGGAGAGUCGAAGUACAUGGUUUGAUGAAGGCAGACGCCAUUUUGACUAUAUAGUGAUUGGCUGUGGUGGAAUAGGUAGCGCCACUGUUUACUGGUUAUCAAAACAAGUCAAGGGAGAUGUAUUAGGUAUUGAACAGUUUAAACUGGGGCAUGUUAAUGGUGGGUCACAGGAUCAUUCUAGAAUUAUUCGACUGUCCUAUCCAGAUGACCGCUACACUAAACUGGCUCCCCAUACCUACCAAACAUGGAACGAGGUAGAACAGGAAUCAGGAAUGAAGAUUGUAUAUAAAUGUGGUGGAUUAAAUAUGGCGAAGAUUGGUGAAGGGGAUCAUAUCAUUAAUAGUUUCGCUGCUGCCAUGGACAGAGCCAACAUUCAAUAUGAACGAUUGAAUAAAACAGAAUUAGAAAGAAAAUUUCCUCAAUUUGAGCUGAAGGAAGAUGUAGUCAGUUUGUAUCAGAAAGACUCAGGCCUGGUUGAUGCUGCCGUAGCUAACUCAACUCACCAACAACUAGCUCGUGGUCACGGUGCGUCUAUCAUCAGUAACUGUGCUGUCAUUAGACUAUACAGAAAUACACUGGGACAGAUGACGGUCAAGACGACGAGAGGCAAAUUUACCUGUAGACGUGUGAUAGUUACUGCUGGAGCGUGGAUCAACCAGAUUCUAGGAUCAGUAGGGGUUAAUUUACCAAUCACUGUAACUCAGGAAAAUGUCACCUACUUCGCUUCACCUCAUAGUAAACUCUUUUCUAAAGAAAGAUUUCCUAUAUUUAUAUAUCAUGCACCAAACUAUAAUUAUUAUCAGAUACCAAUCCAUGGGAAUUCUAGUACCAAGAUAGGUAUUGAUGCCGUGGGUAAGACUGUUACACCCACUACCCGGGAUUUUACACCAUGUCCUGAACGCGAACAAAAUGUGAUCGAAUUCAUGAAUAAAAUUGCUCCAAAGAUUAUCACUUUAAUUUGUUUUUUAUUUCAGUUUUUAGGACCGAUCAUGGAGACAAAAUGUUGUCUGUACGCCAUGACCCCAGAUCGCCAUUUUGUAAUUGACACGUGUCAUAGAACUGGCUAUUCUGAUGUUAUUGUCUGUAAUGGGGCAGGACAUGCUUUUAAAUGGGCGAGUUUACUGGGUAAAAUUUUAAGUCAACUGGCCAUAGAUGGUAAGACUCAGUAUGAUAUAUCAAGUUUUACAAUGGACCGAGAAGCGUUAACUAAUCCGAAUUAUAAACCACAUUUUCAUUUGACUGGUUUACCUGUUCCAGCCAAACUUUGA